GAAGUAUAGUUAUCUAAAGUAGGACAGAAAAGAAAAUGGCGACUGGAGGACGUUUAACCCAUUCAAAGAUUAAUGCUUCCGAUGAAGUUAUUGACUACGCUUGUUCUCCAUGUACUAAGAGAAACAAGACGAACGAAGCUGUUAGAUUUUGUGUGGAAUGCCAGGAGUUUCUGUGUCCUCUAUGUGUGGAUAACCACAACAGUUUUUCAGUUCUUACAGGACACACCUUACUAGAUAAAUCACAGUUUGGAUCUCUGGGGGGAUCAGCUGCACCGAACGCCCCUGCGUUGCCGACAGAGAGAUGCAAGGUUCAUUUAACGAAGUUAGUGGACAUGUACUGCGCAAACCACGACGCUGUUGGCUGUUCUAUAUGUUUAAAUAUCAACCACAGGAGUUGUCAAGAUGUACAUUACGUACCUACAUAUGUCCAGGGACUGAAGCCAUCUUUGCAGACGUCGAGUUUAAAAAGUCAAGUAAAUGCCACUAUUGUAAAGCUUGAAGGUCUCAUGAAACGGUACAAGGAUAUAAGGGGUGAAUUUGACACGAAAAGAGUUUCUUCCUUGAAAGAUAUCCAAGAAUUCAGAAAAGAAAUCAACAAAACAUUAGAUCGAUUAGAUGAAGCAUCAAUACAGAAUAUUAACAAGCAGUAUAAAGAUUUAGAUCUGACGUGCGAAAAUGAAAUGGCAGAUAUUCAACGAAUGAUUGAUGAAUUGAAAAGAAGUAAAACGUCGCUAGAAUCAUCUGUGACGAAUGCAUCGCAGCAGUUUGUAGUUGAUAAAAAAUGCAAAGGCGAUAUUGUAGAUUCGGAAAGUCUUCUAGAACGAUCUAUGAUUCAUGAGUCAAAGUUUAUACAAUUUAAAGGAAACACAGAACUUUUCGAUUAUAUAAAUACAUUUCAUUCCCUAGAUCAGAAUUUGCAACAAACUGCCCAGCAAAUCAAGCCAAAGAAAACAUUGUAUGAAUUAAAAAGUGCAGACACAUUUGAUAUAAGACUACCAACAAAUGUGGGACCAUGUGAGAUUCGAUCAAUGUGUAUACUUGAUUCUGGUGAUAUUCUAAUAGCAGACGUUACGAACAAAGCAUUAAAACUGAUAGAUGGUGAAUCGUAUAACGUGAAAGACGCGCUAAAGGUUCAAGAUCAACCGUCAGGAGUAUGUAAAGGUCGGCUUCAUGAGGCAGUAGUGUGUUUAGACCGUACAGGAAUACAAUUCGUAUCUACUAAAGAGAAACUUGUACUUACUCAGACAUUAAGUAUGAAUCAUAUUUGUUUGGGCGUUUGUAUGAUUUCGUCUCGGGUAUAUGUCACUGACGGCCGAAAUAGAAAUAUAUUUAAGUACGACUUAAACGGCAAUCUUUUGAAAACAAUAUCUGGUGAUACAAUCUUUUCAUGGAAUCGAUUUUUAGCUGACAGUUACGAUGGGAAGUCUUUAUAUGUCACUGACUGCAACAAUGGACUGUUAAAACUUGAUCUUAAUGGUAAUGUAAUUUUGAAACAGCCAGCAAAUAUUUUUAAAUCAGCAUAUGGUGUAUGUACUGACGGACUUGAUAAUGUUUUUGUUGUUGGUAAUAGAUCAAAUAAUGUUGUUCAAAUUACUUCUGAUGGUGAGUGUCUUGGAGAGGUGAUUACAAAAGACAGGUGUGUCACUAAGCCCACGGCAGUUUGUUUCGACAGACUGAAGUCAAAGCUUAUUGUUGUAGGGCAACGCACAGGAAUGCUUCACGUCUAUUCUUUGGAAUGAAAUAACAAGUUUCUUUGCAUGCAACAAGUUGAAACACUUAAAAACGCAAAUGUCUUGUAGAAUUCACUGACGAAGAGAAAAUUAUUCUAGUUUAAAUUUGAUUUUCAAUGUGUGCUUACAUUUCAUACAUUUUGCUUCAAGUAAGUUCAGAGGAGAAAAGUCUUAUUUUUAAGUGUUUGAUGUUUUUGUAUCAAACUGAUCAGUCACGGUAUGCAAUGUUGUUUUUCAAAAUUAUUAAUUUUCUUAACAAAAAUAAGUCUUUGUGUAAUUUUCAUAUUACAUUUUAUGCCAUUUUCCUUUAUUUUACACCACCUUAUUAUAUACAUGUAUUUUAUAAAUAAGAUAAAUAAAUAUAAAUUUUGUUUACAAAGCAAAUGAUAGUUAGAAGCGAAUAUUUCUGUACCAAUGCAUGUUAUAGUUAUAAAAACUAUAGGUUACACAGCAGUAAGGUAAAUAAGAAUCUUACUUUAACAUAAAUCUUUAAUAAAACAUUUCAAAUGAUGGUUAUAAAACAGGCUUGACAAAUUUUUCUGGUUGUACAAUCAUGUAAUCAACUUCACGAGUCAUUUGACAAACCACACACCAACAACAACACAUCAUCGCACAACAAUCACAUAAUACGGAUCCCUGAAAUAUACAAACAAUAUAGUUACACUUACAGUAUCAAUACUGAAAUAGAAUGUCUCACGUCUUAGGUCCCAUAAAUAGAUUUUCACAAAGUGUUAUUAUACUGAAAUAAAUGCUUUACGCCUUAGAUUCCAUGAAAAGAUUUCACAAAGUGUAAUUAUACUGAAAUUAAAUGUCUAAUUAAUCUCUUUGAUCCCAUAAAUAGAUUGUCACAAAGUAAAUAAAUAGUCACAAAGUACAACAGUACUGAAAUAAAAUGUGUAAGUCUUAGAACCAGUCAAAAAUGAUUUCCUAAGCCACAAGGUGGUGCAAUCAAUGAAAAUAUAGUAACAACACAAUGGUCUGUACUGUGAAAGAAGCAUUACGAUAAAUGUUUCUGCUUGCUGGUUCGAUAUAUUUUUGAAUUACCUCCCUUAAGUUAGACAAGAAAUUCUUAAAUAUCAAUAAUAUGAUACUUCAUUUAAACAUUUAUAUAAAGCUAAUGAGAGAUAGAUCGGUAAUAUAAAUAAACUAUAUCUCUUCAUUACUUCUAAUUUUCAUUGUCUCCCUUUAUCACAUUAAAUUAUGUACGUAACGUUAAAAGUAUUGACGGUAUUUGGUUACAGCUUCACACAGUAAAGAACGAGUAUAGUAAGAGAAUGUGAAGUGUUCAGGAAUCAUAAUUUUGCCUUGCUUACUGUCUUCAUUAUUUUUUGUACUGAUGUGCAUUGAAACAUAUUGACAUUUUGUGGAGAUCAGAAGAGCCUUAAGCGAUAUUGUUGUAUUCGAACAACUAGCAGAAUAUUAGCAACAAAUGAAAAUAAACACUUGUAUAAUUACUGAAUAAACCUUGUACAAACAAGUUGAUGUCUGACCCACAAUAAUGAUGUGUAGCAUUUUGCCCGCUACUUUUGCGUGCGCACUUAAUUAUUAUGCGUGUAAAAUUGUGAUAAAAUGUAAAUUAUGUGUUAAUCUAUACAAUAAAGCAUAAUCCACGGUAUA